AUGAGCCCUCUUGGAUCAAGUACACCGACGCCGCGUCGGUUUCUCCUGUCCAAGCGUAAUCAGCAACAGAGCACCGCGGGGUUCCAGUCCACGCCUCGAUUCCAGGCCCCGUCCUCCUCAGCACGAGCAGCAUCGGCCACGUCUGUGCAGCGUCCGCCGUCCACGGCCAGUGCAGUUCAUGACGUGCGAAACGUGGCACCUCUGAAGUUGGCGGUCCCCCAGGGUAAACAGCGAGGCGUGGAAGACGUCGACGAUGAAGACGAAGACGAUGAACGUGUCGAGGUGAGCUCUGUGGAGCAGAGUGAAAGGGAGGAGGAGGUGGUGGUGGAGGAAGAUGCCAUUGAGGCGUCGAGCUCUCCUCGGUCGCAUGUCGAUGAGCCUGACCACGCCGGGCUGCAAGACGAUGAUCUAGAUGGGAGCGAUCUAGAUGACGGCCACGACGACGACGGUGCCCCGUCCGACGCUGUCAGCGAGGCCGAGGACGGAGCAUUGUUGAGUUCUCCAUCCAUGGAACGAGACACCAAGCGGCGAAAGCUAUCCAUCACACCUCCUCCUGCUUUCAGCCCACCGUCGACACAGCAGCAGGAUGAAGCAACGAACGCCUUCUCAGACCUCAACGAGAACCAGGAACUCUCCUCGGAGGCUGAGUCAUCGUCCACCCCCGGCUCACCCUCCAGAAGAGACGCACAGCAGCCGACGUUUCGACGUGUCCCGCGCUUCAAGCCCCUUAACCUUGAUCUCACCACGCCGGUUCUCCCAGUCGCCUUCUCCCCUCAGAGGCGCGGCGCGAGGUACCUAACGGGUGGUCUCGCCGCCGAUGUCCAGUCCAUGCUGUCGGCGAUCAAGUCCGAGGACCAGAAGCACGCCUCCUCCUCCUCUUCUUCUUGCACCACGAUCCGAGUGGAGGAGGUGCGCGCGGGUCGAAGGAUGUACCUUGUGCGCGAUGGGCACGGCAGGAGAAUCGUGCUUGCGGGCGAGGGGAAGCUGACGGGUCUGGGCAGACGCGCGCCCGUUGCGCAGGGGAGCGUCGUGGACGUGGGACAGUUAAGCUGGAGUGUUGAUAUGGAGGGGAAGAGGUGGGAGGUGCACUGUGACUGGAGUAUGGUGGUCUAG